CUAAUUUCUUUAAUAUUUUGUUUAAAAAAAAGUCAGCUGUUAUAUUUACUGUUUUAUUGUUUGUUUAUUAAACGCCCACGUAAAAUUGAAUACUAAGGUCUUUAAAAAUAAUUAUUUUUCUCUUUUAAUUGAAGAUUACAAGAUAUUUUAUUUUCGUAUUAAUUGAAAACAGCAAUAGUAAUAAAAUGAAACCUUUCGUGAAUCAAUAAUCAUUUUGAUAUCGCCUUCUUCACCCCUCCCCCAAACUAAUGUCAACAAAAUAAAAAUAGAGAGAAGUGAUGAUGCUCUGCACAGCAACGUGCAUGUAGCUGUUGUUUUGAUGAAAAUGACAGCAGAUGUCACGUGUGUUAAAACACCCAAUCAAAUUAAAGCUUUGUGCAGCGUCACCUGCGCAAACGGGUGCGCGCCGAUCAAAUCAAAUCCAAAAUGCCGUCUAGUUCUGAAGGGAAGUCCGUUUCGUCAACAACGCAGACUGAGAAACCUAUUCAUUAUACGUAUCUCAAAGAAUUUCGUGUGGAUCAGUGUCCCUUGUUUCUACAGCACAAAUGCACACAACACAAGCCUUUUACAUGUUUUUACUGGCAUUUUAUGAACCAGCGUCGUCGAAGACCUGUUCGAAGGCGAGAUGGUACAUUUAACUACAGUCCAGAUGUUUAUUGUUCGAAGUAUGAUGAGACAACGGGUAUUUGCCCCGACGGAGAUGAUUGUGCAUAUUUACAUCGUACCGCUGGUGAUACAGAGAGACGCUACCACCUUAGAUAUUAUAAGACAGGAGUUUGUGUAUAUGAUACAGAUACAAGAGGAUAUUGUGUUAAAAAUGGCCCUCACUGUGCAUUUGCGCAUGGUAUUCAUGAUUUGCGUAAUCCAGUUUAUGAUCUGCGAGAAUUACAAGCAAUGGAAGCUAAUGAAGAAGGAGCCAAUGGAUUAUCAGGACCAAAUAACUUAGAUAAAGAAAGAAAUGCCAUUAAUGAAGAUCCAAAAUGGCAAGAUACAAAUUAUGUGCUAGCCAAUUACAAAACUGAGCAAUGUAAAAGACCUCCUAGAUUAUGCAGACAAGGAUAUGCUUGUCCAUCAUUUCAUAAUAACAGAGAUCGUCGUAGGAGCCCUAAAAAAUGCAAAUAUAGAUCUACACCUUGUCCAAAUGUUAAACAAGCUGAUGAGUGGGGAGAUCCUGUAAAUUGUGAAAGUGGAGAUGGUUGCCCAUAUUGUCAUACACGAACAGAACAACAGUUUCAUCCUGAGAUAUAUAAAUCAACAAAAUGUAAUGAUAUCUUGCAAACAGGAUAUUGCCCAAGAGGUCCUUUUUGUGCAUUUGCCCAUGUAGACAAGGAAAUAUCUGCUGUUCGAGAUCUAGGCCCUGACCAUACUACCGAUUUGGCAGCAAUAUUAUCAAAUGCAUUGCCAGCUACUACUAGCAACCAAAACAUUCCUGAAGAGAAAGAAGAUAGUGUGACUUCUAAAUCUGAUGCUUUGAGUAAUGAACAGGAACAACCUAACACAAAUCGUGUUACUAAUUGUCUACCAGAAGUUCAGCAAAUAAAUGCAGUUGACCAUUAUACAACUAGUAAUCCUUUACCAAUGCCUCCUAUUAGUAGACCAAGAUCUUGCAGUACUUCAACUAAUCAUUCUGGUGAAUCAAUGCCUAAUUAUGCUAAAGCACCUGGUUCUGAAAGAGAAGAUCGAGAAUCGGCAAUUCGUAGACAAUUACAAGCUAUUGAUGAUGAUCCUGCUUUAGAACCCAUGGAGAAAGCACGUAGGAAACAGAGUAUUUACUUGGCUUGUGAUGUUAACUUAGUUCAUCUUUCUAGUUCAAUGAAGGCAAUGUCUCCUUUAGCCACAUCUUUUUACCCAGCUGCAGAUACUGUUGAAUCUGUUGUAGGGAAUGCUUUAGAUGAUUUAAGCAUAGAAGACAUUAAUGUGGAAGCUUCACUAAAUAGGGAACUAAUUAAUGAUUCGGUAGCUUCAACAAAUUCUAUAGCUGGACUAUCUGGUUCAAGCCUACUUGGAGCUUCAGCACCUGUAAAUAUACCUUGCAGUGGUGAUCUUCACGAUCGUGGUUUGCACAGUAUGUCACCCCCUGUAACAUCUCCACUAGGUUCUCUAUCUCGCAGUUUACAAUUAGGUUCUUCAUCGCUAACAUCAGAUCAUUCUUUAGAUAAAGCUGCUGCUGCAUUUUACGGACAUUCCGGCUCUUUUACCAAUUCUAAAUUUCAUUAUCCAAAUUCUAGUUUAUAUGAAUUUUCUGGUACCCAGAAUAUGUCUCCUUCAAAUAGGAUGGGUGCACAACAAUCUUUAGUUCAAACUAUUAGUUCUUUUAAUUCAUUAGGUUCUUCUAAUUUAUCUGAUCUUCAAAGGUUGAGAGACGAUUAUUCUACAAGUAGAUUAAAAAUGCCAUGGGAUGACAACAUUCAAACUAGAUCUGUUUUUAAUACUUAUGAAUUAUGGAAGCGAGAAGCUGAAGAAGCUUCUAGAAGGGAACGUAUAGCUGAACAACAAAGAGAUGAAGCUUUAGCGAAGGUUAGUACUCUACAAAAAGAAUUAGAUAAUUUAAGAGCUGGGUCUUAUCUUCAUUCAUCAUGUAGGAUAUCAGAAUUAGAAACAUUACCAUUAAGUAAAUUAACUCAACUUCAAGAUCAACUUAGAGAAGACUUAGAAAAAAUAGGAAAAGUUAUCUAUUAUCAAACUUCAAAUCACUGUAUGAUAUGUGAAGAAAGAAAUCGUAGUAUUACUGUAGUACCUUGUAGCCACUAUGUUUUAUGUACUCAGUGUGCUCCUCAUCAAAAAAACUGCCCCUACUGUCAAGAAGAAAUUACUUCAUUAUCUAAUGCAUCUUUAUAAGAAUUACUGUUUUUAGGUUUUUUGCGAUUAUGAACUUUUUACCAAUGUAGUCCCCUUACUUGCUGACCAUCUUUAUAAAGUUAUAGUGGAAGAUCAGGCCAAAAUAAAAGUGAUAGUGGUGGCUAUUUCCAGAGAAUAUGAUUGGAUUCAAUGUAUACUAGUAAAAAAAAGCUUUAUAUUUCAAAAUAGUGAAAUAAAAUGUUUCCAUGUCUUAACUAUUCUGUUUGCAAACUGAGUUGGUAUUUUGAGUUCAUUAUUUUUUUUUUCUUGAUGAAUGUCAGUAUUGGAGUAUGGGGGUUAUUAGGUUCUUUUACUUAACUUUCUUAUUAUUUUUAUAAAGUGUUAAGCAAAGUAUUUUUUAUUUUUGUGAUAAUCAGCAAAGGAACUGUUCUGAAACGAACAAAAAUAUUGUAGAAAUUGUUAAUGGAUAAAUAUAUAUUUUUAUUUUAGGUGAAUUAUAAGCUUUCCAAUUGAUAAAUUAGGCACUUUUUUCCAAUUAUUUUAUUAAAUCUUGUGUUUGUAACUAUGUAAUUUAAUGGCUAUCAACUUGACUAAACAAUCCAGAUUUUGCUUAGGUUUCUCUAGAAAAUUGUUUUUUUUUUAUUCGCUUUCUUCCUCUUGUGACCUUAUAGCAGAAUUUAAAGAGUCAAUCUGGACAGUAAUCUUAAUGAAUUAAAAUUUGUCUGCUACCUUAACACAGCCAGACAGAGAUUAUUAUUGUAAAAACUAAAUUCAAACUAACAUUUGUUCAUCAAAGUUAGAACAUAUAAGGGUAGAUAAGAAUUAUACGUGAAAGAAUGUUUUAAACAAAUUAUUUUAAUUACGAAUUUCAUACACUUUUAAAGGAAUGGAAUCAUUGAAGCUUAGAAAAUGGAAUAAGUCCUUAUAUAGUGUAAAAUAAGCAAAUCUGAAAUAGAGUUUAUUUUUUAAAUUUUUAGUUAAAUUCUUAGUUUUUUUAAUAUUUCAGAUAAUUAAUGUAUAUUAUUUAAAUUUAAUGGUUCUAGCAUUCAUCACUUUUUUGUUUAUAAGUCUGCAAAUUGGCAAACAAAUUUUGCUGAGCACUUAAAACAAAUAAUAAUUGAGUAACGAAUUAAUGAUUGAUUUUCCUCUUUCUCCUCUCAUUAAUAUUUUUGAUAUGUUUUUGUUUUUUUAAUUUGAUAUGGGUAAUAAUCUACCUCUGAUAACCUAUAGCUCCUGCUGCCAUGCACAAGGAUUUCCGCUACUGGAUGCAUGGCCAUUCGCAUAAAAUCAUUGACAAUUUUUUAUUGUAAAUUAUCAUUUAAAAGUGAAUGCUGAUGUGGUAUUAAUAAGUUUAAUUUCGCUAGAAACUUUUAUAGUCUUAUCUAUUAAUAUUAAAAUUAUUUCAUAAUGAGAGACAUAUUUGACAGGUUAUUAUUGUCUAUCAAAUAUAUGUCUGUUGUGUAACAAAUACAGGUAGCUGUUAUGAAAUUAGAUGUCGUAAAAAAAGUUCUUUGCUUUAUUUGCUUUAGUUUAAAAUACUAAACCUUGAUAGCAUUUUCUUUGUCAAUUCUGGUUGUUCAGUUAUGUUGAUAGUUAAGUCUAUGUUGUACUUAAAAUUUUCAGUGUUGGUGAAUCAAGAAAAAUAUCCAUUUCCCUAUUUAAAAUGCUUUACUAAUUGUGGUUUAUUAAAUAUAAUCCUAACAAACGUCUUAAAUUCUAAAUCUAAUGUCUUAGAGGAUAAAUUUCACUUUUCUGUAUACAAAAUUUAAAAAAAAAAUCAAUGUAUAGUUUUAUAAAUCACCAUUGCACAAAGGUUUGCAUUAUACAGACUGCAAAGAGGAGCAGCUAUAACUUAUGUAACAAAUUAUUAAUAGCUUAUGAUUUUUCUUUAUGUUAUUAAUAAAAAAUAAAUUAACAUAUUGAAUUACAGAUUCUUAAUUUAAUAUAAUAUUUUGUGCUACAUUUACUGAUUAAUUUAGUAAUGUUUUCUUUCUGGGUGUUAUAUUUUAAUUUGUUAUUAAAUUUAUAAGUUCAGUUAAAAAGUCUAUAUGUAUAAGGAAUAUUUUCAAGUAGGUUUGCUCUCUGCCCAUUCAAAAUAAGUUACUUUCCAUUUGUAGACAUUUUAUUUUUGCUAAAGUAAUUUAAAAACGUUAAUUAAUAAAAAGAAUUUAUGUGGGAAAUGGGUAUUUGGACAGCAUUCCACUUCAUUAUUAUUUAUGCCGUAAGUUUGUAUAAUUUUUCUUUAUUUGUUAUCUGUUUGUAUUGAUUUUGUGCAAUUAUUAUAUUUUGUAUUGUGUUAAUAUUUAAAGUUUAAAUAUUCAUUAAUAGUACAAAAUUACAAACUAUUGAGAAUCCUAUAGUUUUCAUUUACUUUCAAUUCAUUAUAUAUUUUAGCAAAUGGCAUAUCCGAAAAAUUGGUGCAUUUAUUUUGCUUUGCCAUUAAAAGCUUGUAACCCUGAGACUUUUUAAAUGUUUCUGAUCUCGGUGAAUUAAUAUUUUGUACCACAGCUCGGUGAUUUUGAGUUUUAUUCUAUUGGUGAAUCGGUAGAAAAUUGGUAUUUUUGAUCUGUUAUAUAGUUUGCAUGUAUAGUGUGCAAAAGGUUGCUGUAAAAGUUUUUGAUUGCUUGCCAUUUAUGGAAUGUGUUUGGGGAUGAUGAGUUAAUUUGUGUCAUAAGUCAUUUUAAAAUAGUAAUCAUUUUAAAAUCUAACUUUGUGGAAAACUCUGAAACUUUUUUUCAUAUGUUUUUUUUUUUUAAAUUUAUAGCUAGUUUGCUUCUGAUAAUUAUACAUCUAGAUUGGAUUUAACUAAUUAUUUAAGUUUACUUUUUUUAUUGAAUGGCAAGUUUAAUAAAGGUCCACAGUUAUAGCAUAGCACAAGUAUUGUCGUCGUUAGCGCAAUAAAUAGGCAAUAUAAGUAUACCUUUUGAUCUGAUUGCAAGUUCCCCCUGUUUCAAACUUUUAAAUUUGCACACUUUAACAUGCAUAAUUAUUUUAAUUGCACAUUUAACUUGUUUGUAUGCUUAGGACUCUAUUUUCCUUAAUACUAUCUAUAUUUUUAUUUGGAAAAAAUCAGUUAUUUAUUUGUUAUUGCAAGAUUUAAAAAAGUUUAGGUGACAAUAUGUGAUAAUUAUGAGGAUUUUGUAACUGAACAAUAUUGCUUACACUUAAAUUUUUAUUCUCAAUUUUUCAAAUACAUUGUCAGAUCCAGUCUAUGGAACCUUGUUUACUUUUCAAAUUUUUGUUAGAUAAUAAAUAAUAAAUUACUUUUGGGGGUGGAAUAAUAUCUUUCUAAUUAUAAAUAAUGAAAUAAUUACCCAGUAUUAAGCCCGAUCUAGGUAUCUAUUUUUAUCUAUGCUAAAAAGUGAAAUGAGAUGAAUUAUCCUUUUUUUCUCUUUUACAUUGAAUAAGACAAUAAAGGUGAAAAAUUAAUAUGUAGAUUUGUAUCAUAAAUUGAAUUAAAUGAUACAUCACAUUAUGUUUUCAAAUUAUCCUUAAAUUUUUUCUAUUUAAUAUGUAUGUGAAAAUUAGUAUCUUAGAAAUUUUUAUUACAAUCUAUUAUCUGUAUAAUCUUUAUUAAAUUUAAUGUACUUCUUAAAAAUUAAAAUUUAUAAAGAAUAGAAAUCAUGUUAACUUAUAACUUAUAAUUUUAACUUAUAACCUAUAAUUUGGCUUAUUAAACCUUAAAAAAAUUUUUAACUAAGCAUUGAACUUUUUGUUUAUGAAGAAAUUUGUCUUUUAAUUGAUACAUAGCUGCCAAUUCUGGGAGUUUUUUUUUCUCCAGUUUUCUUGGUUUUCUGAUUGCUGGUUUUAUGUUUUAGAAUAUUCUCUAAAAUUGGGAAAGGUUUUAGUAGAAAACCUAUUAUAAUAGUUUUUUAAAAUCAUAUGCUUGAGUAUUUAAAUAAGCAUCACUGCUAAAUAGUCAGCCUGAUUUAACAUGUUCCAAUUGAGGCUUUUCUCUAUACUAAUGUGUUCAAUUUUUUUUAUUAUUUAGAACUUCUAUUUUUAAGUUAAAGAAUAUAAUGUAAUGUCAUCUCUCUCUCAAAAAGUAUUCAUUAUCUAUAACUAUUUAAAAUUAUGAAUUCAUUUUAAAAUAAACAUAUUAAAAAUAUUUUUUAUUUCUUUUAUAGUUCUUUAAAUUUAUAUAAAGUUAUAAUUUUAAAUCGAAGUUUUUUUAGAUUUAUAGUUAUUUAUAUAAUAGUUUUUUUUUAAUGAAAAAAUCUCUAUGUUAAAUCUACUGAAUUUUUUCCUUUUCAUGUUGGCAGCUGUGUUAAUAAAUUAAAUUUUAAUGCAUAUUGAAAAAUUUUGGAUUUUAAUUUUUAAACCCUUGCAAGAUGUUUAAAUUUUUAAGAACUCUGUAGCAUCAACUGUAAUUGUAAUGAGAAAAGCAGCCUCUUUUUCAAAAGUCUUUUCAAUGUUUUUAACAACCCUUGAAAAAUAUUUUUGUCUUUUAAUCUUCUCAAUUAAAUAUUUCAUUUUAUAUUAAAUACAAAUAUUUAGAAAAUUGCAAUUCCUAUGACCUUUCACAAAAAAGGAUAACUGUGUAUACAAACUAUCAUGAGCUUAUGAAAAGAUUAUUGAAAUUUUAUAAAUCCCUUCUCCUUUUGUGAAUCUUUUACCUAAGUUUAAGACCUUGUUCUAUUUGAAUUGUUUUAUUUAUUUCCAUUUUGUGUUGCAUUAUAUUGCUAUUGUGAAAAUUUUUGUUUACUAGUUUUUCAUAUUAUAAAAUUUCUCAUCUAUCGGCAUUGCUCAUCUAUCAGUAUUGCGGUAGUUUCCUCUUGUGCACACUGGCAACCUAAUUGUAUAUUGUGACGGGACAUUUUUAGGAUAUGCUAUUUUGUUAUGAAAUGGUAUGGAAGAUACUUCUUGAUUGAAAAACAAAUGUAUAUAUUUCCAUAUUACACAAAAAAUUUCUUUAGUAGAUUUUAUUUGUAUGAGUAUUUUAAACAUAGAAUUAAUAAAAUAUAUGUACAGUGAA